AUGCAAUCCUAUCAAACUGCCUUUUUGGAUCUUGCUUUAGAAUCCAAUGCUUUAAAAUUUGGAUCAUUUACUUUAAAGUCAGGACGUCAAUCUCCAUAUUUCUUCAAUUUGGGAUUUUUCAAUACCGGUAAACUUUUAUCGACUUUGGCUGACUCUUAUGCUAAUGCAAUUAUCAGAUCUGGUAUCAAGUUUGAUAUUUUAUUUGGACCAGCUUAUAAAGGUAUUCCCUUGGUGGCUAUUACUGCAGCCAAGUUAGCUGAAUUGGAUCCAGAAAACUAUGCUAAUAUUGGAUAUGCUUUCAAUAGAAAAGAAAAGAAAGACCAUGGUGAAGGUGGGAAUAUUGUUGGAUGUGCUUUAGAAGGUAAAAAAGUUUUAAUUAUUGAUGAUGUUAUGACAGCUGGUACUGCAAUCAAUGAAGCUUUCGGAAUCAUCAAUGAAGCUAAAGGUAGUGUUGUUGGUGCUAUUCUUGCCUUAGAUAGACAAGAAACUACUGCUGAUUCCGAAUUAUCUGCUAAUCAAGGAAUUUCUAAAAAAUAUGGUAUUCCGGUAGUUUCAAUUGUUACUUUAAGUGAUAUUAUUCACCAUUUAAAGGACAGAAUAACUUCAGAACAAUUGAAAUCAAUGGAUGCUUAUAGAAAAACCUAUAGUCCAAAAGAUUUAUAA